UUCUGACACAACCUCCAGAAGUUUUAAUGCUGUAUUCUACUACUUCUAAAUACUUAAGUUCAGUGUCCUGAGGAACUGCUAACUAAGAAGAGUUGUUUCCUUUCCCUCCCAAAUCUUCACCAGAAUUGGCAUCUACUGGGGAGAAAGAGUCGUAUUUCUACUGUCCAAGGGACCGUAAAUACCGGAAUAGUGCAAGGCCAAAUCGUGUCACGGGAGCUGGAUUCUGGAAGGCAACUGGGACCGACCGUCCCAUAUAUUCGUCAGAUGGCACCAGAUGCAUCGGUUUGAAGAAGUCCCUUGUGUUCUACAGGGGAAGAGCUGCGAAAGGGUUAAAAACUGACUGGAUGAUGCAUGAGUUUCGACUACCUUCUAUCUCUGAUUCAGCACCACCCAAGAGGCCCUUUGAUAAAAACCUUCCUGCAAAUGAUGCAUGGGCAAUUUGUAGGAUAUUCAAAAAGACCAAUUCGAUGACACAGAGAACUCUUUCUCACACUUGGGUAUCUCCAUUCCCUGAAACUCCAGCAUCUGAUAUGUUCACCCCAGCCGCAUACUCUACUCAGUUCAGUUCAGGGAACAUUUCUUGCACAACUGAAAUGGGAUCAGGCAUCCAGUUAUGCAGUAAUAAUGACUUACAACAAGUUCCUACAACUGCUAGUUUUUCGGCACUUCAUAUACCCUCAUAUAAACCCAUGAAUCCAGCGGUAUGUAAACCAAAUCCUUUUUCCAUUCCAAGUGGAGACCUUCCCUGUGGCUUCAUGUCUUCACCUCUUGAGAUGUCAGGAUCCACCAACAAGUCAACAAUAGACGUUGCUUCCAUUCUUUUUAAUCUUUCCCCUGCCUUUAUUGGGGAUGAAGGUAACGCCUCUGAGAAUAUUGACUUUGUAGGGUCACCACAGCAGUUCAACUGUUUUCCAAGUAGUUCAGCACAAGAUAUACAAGCAAGCAUAGGAAUGGGAGACGAGGAUGCAGAUUUAAGGAAGGAUCAUAGUGCAGCCCAUAUUAAUCAGUGGGGAAAUGUCCGAUCAAUUGGAUUUCCAUUCAGUUUGUCGCCAAGUCUGCCCGAUGCAUGGAAGCCUAAUUUGCCGUGGGAUUCGCCUCCCUGUCCUAGUGAGAUGUCCACUUCCACAGACAAAUGUUACACUUAA